CUCAGACAUCAGACAGCCUCGUUUCCUUUCUCCUCAACCCGUUUCCGUCUCUGCUUCCUCCGUCUUCCACUCAUUCAUGUGUCCUCUGAGCUUCAGUGGUGCUGGAUAGAAGAUGGGAUGUGGAAACUCCUCACCAGCCAGCAGCAGCAGCAGCAGCAGCAGCAGUAAAGGCCACCCCGACUUUUCAUCCAAGCGACAAGAAGAGUUGACGCAAGAAGAUGACAAGCGGAAAGAGAACAGGAACUAUGGAGGGGUGUAUGUAGGUUUACCAACAGACCUGAGCAGCAUCCCUCAAGUCCAGAUUGGACCUCUUAGAGAGAUUGAAGGCGACUCGCUGUCCCUCCGGAAGCCGCUGUGGGGCAACGGAUUGUGACUGAGCCAGGCUUGUUAAUGCUGCUGUGGCUGGGUGACAACCGCCUCCUCUUCCUCUGCUGCUAUGUGGAGUCAGCAAGUCAUUUAACCCCAGUUCAUAUUUUUAUGGUCUGUGUAGCUUGAGUCCCCUUUUCUACUAUAUUGUACUGAGCUUUUGAACAUUUUCACUAAAUCGAUAUUGUCCUUGUCUUUCCAUUUAAUCUAUAUUUUUUAUUUUGCCAAAGAUGUACUAGUGUAGGCCUAUAUGUUGGUUUGAAAAGCUGCAUGUAAACAAACCACAAGACCUCUGGAGGAAUGUCCUUCAGACAGACCAGAAAACCAAACACUUCCACAGUGGAGGAAGGUUGAUGGUUUGGACUUGUUCUGUAGCCACUGAGUGGAUCAAUGGCAAAAACCAAAUAAAUGAUCUCUCUAUCGGUG